GUGACUGGGCAGCAUUUGAUGAAGUUAGCUAAUUAUCUUUAAUUAAUUAAAGUUUUAUAAUGUGCUUAAUAUCCACAACUUCAGUGCGAAGAACACGCGCUUAUUAGUUUUAUGUGAACUUGUUUAAUUAUCAGGGUUGCCAACUUUGGUCAACUAGCUGCAGUGAUGUCAAAGAGAUUCGAAUCUCUUUGGUGAUAUGAGACUGUUGCGUGAGCACGCAUGCACUUACAUCGCGCACAUCUUUUUCUAGCUUAGUUUCAGAAUAUGAGAACCGAUUAAAAACAAAUAAUAAUUUAUUGAUAGACAAUAAACAGCAACAUUUUUCAGCGAACAAACAAUCAACUAUGUGUUGACAUCACGUAGGUUAGUCAAAUCAAAGAAAAUCGUGCAAGUAACUUAGAACAAAGAUACAUUUAUGUGACUGAUGUGAUAUGGAAAGUCAAGGCGGUCUGUCAAGUGAUCUCGAGGAUCAGUGAACGAGUUUAUUUUUCAGAUCUGUAAAUAACUCUGGCGUUAGAUUUCUUGACGGAGCGUGAGAUCAUUCAGAUUAAGGCUGAAAACAUGAGUAUCAGAGGUCAGAUGCAUGAGACUUCGUAGCCCUGGAGUUGUGGAGUACUUCUUGUGAUCAUAGGUCAUUAUUAUGUGGCUAACGUUAACUAAAUUAAAUUUCUUAGGAAGAGUUACGUCCGGUCUGAAGGUAGUCCAAAAGCCAAUUUAAUGUAAUGAGAGGAAUUAUAUUUCGCUAGCUACUUGUCCGUUUACUUACUUUAUCAAUGACUGUGUGCCAUCUACUGGUGGCUGAGCAUAAUUUCCACUGUGCCAUUGUCCAGCGAUGGAUAUGCUGUGGCUACCAAACGUAAUGGUUUAAACUCCAUGGCAGGACUCAUACAGUAGCUUUUUUGGCAAUAAAAUAAUGGCUCGCCGCUUCAAAACUUUAGCAAAUGUAAAUAUAGUUGUGCUUGUUGUUCCCACGUGUUGGAAUUAAAUAACAGUUGUGUUACAAGAAGAUUAUCUAUCAAGACAGUGACGUUUCAGUUGUCUGUUUUUGAUAACACAAAUAAUGUAAAAAUACACAUUUUGUUAGUUAUAUUUCCACAAUCAGACUACUUGUGGGGCAUAGUUUGGAGCGCAUGGUCUACUUUAAAUGUGUUAAAAAAUUCCAUGGUGACAGGAUAUAGAAAACAGCGUCAGCAGUAGUCAUGGUAAUGUACACUUAACAAUAUUGCUCCGACCUAUUGGUCGGAUUUUGGUCUAUGGCUAAAGAUGAGAGUUUUUGAUUUGGGCAUGUGCUCUUAAUGUUUUGUGCUGUUUUAUUACAAAAUUAAACUGCAACAUUGACUGAUCAUUUGGAUUAUGAAAUGUAAUUAUAUGUAAUGCCAGGAAUUAUAUAUGAAAUCCAUAGACCACAGAUUUGAAAAUGCCCAACACAAACAAAAAAGGGAAACAAGCAGAAAAAUUACAUCCAAGGUCAAAUAAAACUGUAGACCGGGAAAUAUUUGAUCUCAGAAAGCUAUUGUCCUACCUCACUGUUUCUCAGAUCAAACAGGCACCAGCAGCGAGUUCCUCCAAAGCACGGAGCACUACUUUCAGCAAGUCCCAGUCCCCUGUCCAGCGCAACAAUGACAGUAGGAGCAAAGCUGCAUUGUCACCAAAUGCUGAGGCCUCAGAACUGGAGAACUUCAGUGUGACCUACAGAAAUCAUAGGAGCUUUAGCAGUCACCCCCAGAACAAGCUGUUUUUGGACAUCUUUACCUGUUUGGUCAGAAACCGGCUCAUGUGCUGUGCCUGGAUUGGCCAAGCCAGUCCUGGACACCUCCUACGAAUAUUGAUUUGUCUGCGACUGUUAAUGAGAGAACCACUUUAUCAGAAAGUUUUCUAUCAACUCCAAGGGAUUGGUUGCCUUGCUCAGUACAUGGAGUCAGUUUCCAGGAGCUAUCUGGAUUGUGAAGAGCACACAUUUGCCAUGGAACAGCUGGUCAACAUGACAUAUAUGUUUCAGAAACUUUCUGUGGUUGAAGAACAGAGGAAAUGGGUUAUUGAGUGUGGAGCUCACAAGACCCUGGUGAAGCUGCUGGCGACGCGUGACAGCAGUGUACUGCUGGGGUCUCUCCUGGCCCUCACCAGCCUUGCAGAGAGCCCAGACUACAAAGAGAAGAUUGGAGAGCUCUUGAUUGUGGAAAAUCUCCUCAUUAUACUGCAAGAGUAUGACUUGCUAUCAAAAAGGAUAGCUGCAGAGCUCCUGAGACUCCUCUGUCCGGAUCGGCAGGUGAGGGAGCAGGUGAAGGCGUACGAGGGCGUGCCGGUGCUCCUCAGCCUGCUCCACUCGGAGCACCUGAAGCUGCUGUGGAACGUGGUCUGGGUUCUCGUCCAGCUGUGCGAGGACCCGGACUCCAGCGCCGAGAUCCGGGCCUGGGGCGGAGUGCAGCAGCUGCUGCGCAUCCUGGACUGUGACAGGGUGUAUGUCUCGGACCGCUCCUCUGUUGAGACGCUGUCCAGUGCCAACGUUGCAGGCCGAAUUGAGCGGCAGCUCAUCUCAGAGGAGCUGAGCCCACGGGAAACGCAGGAGAGCACGCUGUCACUGCAGGCGGCGUGCUGUGCAGCCCUGACAGAGCUUGUCCUGGAUGAUACCACAGCACAUCACGUGGUGGAGGAGAAUGGAGUGUAUGUAAUAGGGAAAUUAAUUCUGCCACAUGACUCACAAACUGGACCAAAAGCAAAAUCUGUUCAGUGCUAUGCCUUUAGAGCCUUAAGAUUCCUGUUCAGCAGGGAGCGAAACAGACAUCUAUUUAAAAGGCUUUUCUCUCCGAACCUGUUUGAGAUGUUUAUUGACAUUGGACAUUAUGUUCGGGACAUCACUGCCUAUGAAGCUCUUCAAGAGAAAGUCUCUCUCCUCUCUGAUGAGGAAUUGAGCAGUCUGAAAGAAGGCAUUGAGACGGUGAACCAGAACAGGGCUCCUCUGAAAGUGAUCAACGGCUACGCUGUUCUGGACCAUCUGGGCAGCGGGGCCUUCGGCAGCGUGUUCAAGGUUCGGAAGCAGAGUGGACAGAACCUCUUGGCUUUGAAGGAGGUGAACCUCCACAACCCGGCCUUUGGCAAAGACAAGAAGGACCGGGACAGCAGUGUGGAGAAGAUUGUAUCUGAGCUCACCAUCAUAAAAGAACAGAUGACUCAUCCAAACAUUGUCAGAUACUACAAGACCUUCUUGGAAAACGACAGAUUGUACAUCAUUAUGGAGCUGAUAGAGGGAAUACCCCUGGCCGAGCACUUCACCUCCCUGAAAGAGAAAGGACAGCAGUUCACUGAAGAGAGAAUCUGGAACAUAUUUAUUCAGAUGUGUCUAGCACUGCGUUAUCUGCACAAGGAGAAGAGAAUCGUCCACAGAGACCUCACCCCAAACAAUGUCAUGCUGGGAGAGAGAGACAAAGUCACUAUCACGGACUUUGGCUUGGCAAAGCAGAAGCAGGAGAACAGCAAGCUGAUGUCAGUAGUGGGCACCAUACUGUACUCCUGCCCAGAAAUAGUGAAGAGCGAGCCCUAUGGGGAGAAAGCGGAUGUGUGGGCCACUGGUUGCAUCCUCUAUCAGAUGGCCACUCUCCAUCCACCCUUCUACAGUAGCAACAUGCUGUCCCUCGCUACCAAGAUUGUGGAGGGUGUCUAUGAGCCAGUGGUACCAGGGCUCUUCUCUGAGAGAGUGACAGACAUCAUUAAAUGGUGCCUGACCCCUGACCCAGACUUGCGCCCUGAUAUCGUAGAAGUCAGCUCCAGGAUUUCUGAUAUCAUGAUGAAGUGCAUGGAUGCUCUGUAUGCUUCCCAGCAUGCUCUUGAAAGAAAGCUGGAGCGAGACAGGAAGCGGGCACAGAAGUAUUUCCUGGAAACCAAUAGGGGUGGACUCUGCCACUGCCACUCAUCACACUCACAGCAGGCCUUUUGCAUGAAGGAUCACAGUUUGAGCAGCAGUGGACCAGCGAUUGUGAAGAGUGACUCCAUCAGAAGCUCUCCCAGCUCCUCCCUGCCUAAUACUGUUACUCCAGGGGAGCAUGGCCCCAGUCAAGAAAUUGGUUCUGAGGAAGAACUGGAUGCCUCUGAUAAAACUUCUACCUCCAGUCCUUGUAGCAACAUAUCUGUUAGGUCUAUAAAGCGCAGUGUCAGUGCUUCUGUAACCGAGGAACCGAACCUUGCUAGUGGAGAAUUUGCUGCCCCAAAACUGAAACCCCGACCAGUCCAACUCUUCUCCACUAACAGUAAGGCAGGGAUCUCCAGAGACAGCUGGCAGACAGUGAGAGCGUCAGCAGGGAUCUGUGUGUCUCAGAGGAAAGUCCGUCAAAUUGACGACCCCAUCCAGAGACUGCUGGUUCUGCUGCAUAAAAUCAUUUUCAUCAGUCAGCUUCCUCCUGCUCUUCAGCACAACUUCAAACGGAGGGCCAUCGAGAGAUUCAAGAAAUCACUGUUCCACUACCGGAGCAGUCCGUACAAUCUGAAAGUAGAGCUCAAGAAGCUCCUGCAGGGUUCUCCGGAAGUGAUUGAACCGUGUUCCAGCAGUACGGAUUGGUUUCCCCUGGUCCAGUCUUUUGGUGGGAAACCUCUUGGCACUGAGGAUCAAGGUAGUAUAAGCUGUAUGAACCAUCAAGAUGGAGUCACCUAUGAACAAAUGCAAACCAUUAUUGAAGAGGUCCUGGAAGAAAGUGGAUACUACAGCACAACACAGCAUUAAGCUAGUUCAGAGGGUCUCUUGGUGAGUCAUGGAAUUAUCACUGUCUAGGUAGAGGGUGCAGUGGUUCUACUGCCAGCUUCCCCAAGAACAUGAGGCCCCCAAGCACUGACCCAAUUCUGACUGGGUCUAAUUCCAGAGCCAUGAUGCCAGUGGGAUGUCUUCUGAGUACCUCAGCUACCCCUCCUGAGCUUAAUUAGGUCCUUAUCUACAUCCGGUACCAGAAAGGUGCCAUUAUCAAUGCACUUUAUCCUUUCUGUGAGUUGAGACACAUGACCAAGUGUCUGAAACUGACAGGUCUAGGGCUGGACACAGGAACGUAUCUGGGUAAAAUUUUACAGAACUCAACUGACUCGUCACAUCUAAUUAAACUGGUGGAAAAGCUUAAGUUGACCUCCAACAUUUGCUGUCAAAUAAAAUACUUUCCCCACAGAAAUUGGUCUGACUUAUACCCUGAGAGUGAAUUUAAAUCUGGUAAUUAUCUAUUAAAAGUUUUUUGCUUUGCAUGUAUUGUGACAGAAAAGAAGCUUUUAAGGUCAGAGCAAUGCCUGACAUCGGUUAGGAGUGUAAUGAAUGCACAGCACAGCUUGUGAAGUGGUAUUUCCGGAGUCCACGGUGGUCUUUCUGCAAUGCUGUGGGAAAUUACUCUCCCAGCACCCUGUGCCUUCAGGGUCUUUAAAAGGGCUUUUGUGUGCACCUGGCUUUUCCGCUCAUGGGUUGUAUACUCCAUACUUUAAUAAAAAGCAUACUUUAGAGUUUAAAUUAUUAUUAGGAAUAUGAUAUUUAAAAUGAAAAUAAGUAUUUCUUAAAUCUUUUGCUCAAUUCAUUUCUGUUUUAUUUUGUAGCAAUCAUCCUCUGCAGACUGUAUCAAAUGCUCAGGGGGAUGUGUGUUUCUUCUCUGUUGUAUGAUCACUUUUCUUGAUGCUAAUCUGCACAUACAGUGUGCUGUUGGGUUCUGUAGCAUUGAGGUGUUUUUUGCUUUGGGAUCUGUGACAUCCCAAACCUGUGGGCCUAAGGCCAGCUGUUGUUUUGUGUAUACAGUAUGCAUAUUUUUGGGUGAUGGAGAAAGAAUGUACCGAAAUCUCAGGAUAACCUUUCCGCACUUUAUAGUGAUUUGUUUCUUCCUUGCUCAGAUGUCUGAAAUUAUUAUGUUUGUGUUUAAUGCUGUGUUGCACAAAGUAAGCUACUUGCCUGUAUUAUAUACAUAUGAAUAUGUACAAUAUCAUGAACUGGAGCUGGAUCAUAGAUCGUGCACAACUUUUCUUUUUAUCAUUUUGUUUGGGUCAGAAGCAAAAUGUAUCAAAAAUCAAUUGUAUGUAAUUGAUUACAUACAAGUUAUGAAUAAGCUGCUUCCUUGCAACAGUUCAUGUUUUCUGAUGCAAUAAAUAUUUAUUACAGCAAAACCACUUGAAGCAGUA